CUAAAACAACAAAUGAGUUGGAAAUUAAAGUCGGAAAAGUUUCAGAAGUAAACCUAACCAAGUUCAAAGCCUUAACAACACUGGCCCCUUUUAAACUAUUGUGUAAUUUCCAAUUGGACUAUGAUGAGAAGAAUUGCUAUGUAUUGUCUCAUUUCUACUGGAGGUGUAGUAUCUUGUAGUGAAUUUCAGACUUUCUGUGACCCUAUUUCGACUCGAUCUCAGAAUCUUCCUUUGUUAGCCUCUCAAAAACCUUGGAAAACUGCUUCACAAAGUGUAAAAAGGUCGUUUUCCAGUUUCAGUGGAAAUAAUUCUGUUGGCUUUCUGUGUAAGAACUAUAGCCUUUCUUUCUGUGCAAAAUAGGCUCAAGGAAUAGUCUUUAUGCCACUGUGAACUGCAAAGAAGAAAUAAUUAUAUACUCAACCCUAGAGUUGGAAAGUAUAGAGAGGACAAGGCUACAACAAAAAACUGACCAAAGGUUUGAAUUCUUUUGUCUAAAUACAAAUACAUAAACUACUUACGACAAGGAGGAUCGAACCUCAAAAGUUACAAGGGUCUCGCUUUGUUCUCUUCAUAAACAACUUGUAGAGAGUUUUGACUGUUAUAAGAGUAAAAGUGGUGAUGCUUUUACUUCUCCUUGCACAUAUAUUUCAAGAUUCACCUUCCUUUAUUACUUUGCCAAGAGGAGAUGAAAGAUUCUUAUUUUUCCAUUAUUUCUACGUUUAUAUUCUUUUCUUUUCACUAGGACACGAAAUUGAUCCAAUAUAUUGAAAAGAACAAGACCUUUACCAGUUUAGAUAACAACCAAAAUAUCAUUUGAGAUUGACUCUGCAAAGGAAUCAGAUAAAUUGUUUUAUCUUAUUCUGCUGAAUAUUGUUUGCGAGUUGACGACAUUUUUAUUCUUUUUAGAGCAACUUGGAUAAAAAAGCGUUUCGCUGCUUUUUCAAGUUUUACUUGUCCCUAGUAGAAAUGAACAUUCCUUCUAUUGA